GUCCGUCAACUCAAUGUUUGGGAACUCAAAUCGUCAUGGUAUACGAUUGGGAUGAUAAAGAGGCGGAAUGCUAUCGACUUUAUGUGGAAGAAAAGAAGAGUCUUGACGAGGUUAUCUCAUAUUGGGAUAACAGAGGCUUCACUCCAAGUAAACGUGCUUUUCAGACACAAUUCAAACGGUGGGACUUUCCCAGCAAGCAGAAUCCUGCACAUAAGAAUCCUGCCCUUGUCGCCCGCCUACAGCAGCUAUGGGAGCAGAAUUACACCCAGAAGGACAUGGUGGAUACCCUCCAGAAUGAGGGCUACCAAAUUAACGACCGAGAACUGAUCAGACUACGAUUGAGGCUCAAACUGUUGCUCAGAGAGAGCGUGCCUAGACCGAGGAGGAAGCAGAAUGCAGAGGGUAGCGUACAACAGAAGCCUAAGAAGAGGAAACCAAAGGCCUUGCCUGGCAAAGGCUUGAUCAACCAGCUCGGAAACGCCAUCCUGGCUGAGAGUUCUGCGAGCGAAGAAAGCUUGGAGGAAGAAGCUGCAACUUAUAUAACAGUGAGCGACGAACCUGCGGAAGAUGUGCGACCCACCCAGCCCGAGCUCGAACCUUCCCUACUCGACGCCGAGGAGACACUACGAAGACAGCUCCGACAGGAGCAUCUACAGCGAGAAAGCGAUGAGAAGUGGCGGACGCGUAAACGGCGACGGCGAACACGAGGCUGGGCAGGUCUGCCAGCAGAUACUCCUGGCGAGCCACCACGAUUUCCCUCCGAAACCACGAUCGACGAAGCAAAGGCAUAUCUCGGAUUAGAUAACAGCAUGUAUCGCAGGCUUCGUGAGCGAUUCCAGGAGAUCUGCGAAGCUGAAGGCGUGGUGAAGAAGACAGUAGCUGGCCCGGAGAAAUGGGCAGAGUUAGUGCAGCGGCUUAUACAGGAGGAUGCGCAUCUCGUCUCUGUAUUCCAGCAAGAGCCUGAGGUGCUGCAGAACAAUGACGCGCUAUUUCGACCAAAAGGGCAGAGAGCGCUGUCGAUCGACGUUAUAUGCAUGGACGUCACAAAGCGACUGCGCACGAUGGAAACCAGAAUGACCCUCGCCGAUGCGAAGAAUGCCCUUGGCCUCAACCCGGAACAAACACGUCAUGUCAGAGCCGCCUACGUUGCGAGGCUGAAGGCCGCCCAUUUCACAAGCAAGCAUGAGGCUGGAGAAGAGCAGUGGGCACAGCUCAAGACAGCUUGGGUCAAUGAAUCUGAGCACCUAACGAGAGCUCUUGCACAAGGCGAGGCCGAUCCUGGAUAUGCGCGAAAGCUGCGGGCUGUUGAAGUACUGGCUAGAGAUGUCAUGAAGCGGCAGCAACAAGAGAAGUUGGCUAAAGACCCAUUGAAGAAGAAGCAAAUCCAUCAAGGUCCUGGACCUGGACCAGCUCCGCCUGUCGUCGCACCUCAGUCGGAACGCCGCCGACAAAGCGCUGGGUUAGAGUACAGUACUUCGACGCAAACAAGCCAUGCAAGUCUUCCAGCAUUGUCUCCUUCGAGUGAUUUGCAGAUCGACCCUUCGUUGUUACUAGCUGCGAGCGAUGCAGCCAUACUUCCUGGUCUGGCAUACCGUCAGCCUGAGCAUCACUAUCAAUCACACCACGAACAUACCCAGAACAUACAGCCACAAAUCUCAACUUCUCACCAUGCACCGCACCAUCACUACAGCCAGAAUUACUACCCGGCAGCCACAUCUCAGCACUCUCAGCCCAUGCCUAUCUAUUUCCGUCUGCACCACUUAUCUACUACACCUUUUCCCUCCAAGACCGUUUGGUUGUCUAUACUGCAUACGCACUCAGUCAAUGAGAUUAGCAAUCUGGUCAUGCGUGAGCACCCAGGGGCCGUGGUGCUGAAAGUGGAAGGCCUGGUUGUGUACAGACAAGACCAGGGUGAGCGUGAAGUUGUGGUCGAAGUCAGCGACGACGAAGAGCUCGCUGCGUAUUUGGGUCAUGUCAAGGGUACGGGGCAGGGGAAAGCGACCUUCGUAGUCUUGCUGGGAAUGGGAAGCGGCGGGUAUGCUUAG